AUGCUGGAUCAAAUGGCCAACGAGAUCAAGCUCAUUUCGGGUAGCUCCCAUCCGGAGCUGAGCGCCAAGGUGGCUUACCGUCUGGGCAUUGAUAUUGCCAACACUAUGAGCCUCAACUUCUCCAACCAAGAAACAAGCAUCUCCAUUGGCGAGUCGGUGCGAGACGAGGACGUCUUCAUCCUGCAAUCGACGGCCCCCGGAGACGUCAAUGAUGGGCUUAUGGAGCUUCUCAUCAUGAUCCACGCCUGCCGCACCGCCUCGGCGCGCCGCAUCACGGCCGUCAUCCCCAACUUUCCCUACGCGCGCCAGGACAAGAAGGAUAAGUCUCGCGCGCCCAUCAGCGCCAAGCUGAUUGCCAACAUGCUGCAGGUGUCUGGCUGCAACCACGUCAUCACCAUGGACCUCCACGCCUCGCAGAUCCAGGGCUUCUUCAACGUCCCCGUGGACAACUUGUAUGCCGAGCCCUCGGUGCUGCGUUGGAUCCGCGAGAACCUGCGGGUCGACAACUGCGUCAUUGUGUCGCCCGACGCGGGCGGCGCCAAGCGCGCCACUUCGAUUGCUGACCGUCUUAACACGGCCUUUGCGCUCAUCCACAAGGAGCGCCCGCGUCCCAACGUCGUGGGCCGCAUGGUCCUCGUCGGCGACGUCCAGGACAAGACGGCCAUUCUCGUCGACGACAUGGCCGACACCUGCGGCACGCUUGCCAAGGCUGCUGCCACCCUCAACGAGAACGGUGCCAAGGAGGUCUUCGCCAUCGUCACCCAUGGCAUCCUGAGCGGCAAGGCCAUCGAGAUCAUCAACCAGUCGUGCCUUGCUGGUGUAGUGGUGACCAACACUGUUCCACUUGGUGACAAGGCUGAACGCUGCCCGAAGCUCAAGGUGAUUGACGUUUCUGGUACCCUUGCCGAGGCCAUCCGCCGAACUCACAACGGCGAGUCCGUCUCGUUCCUGUUCAACAACGCCCCCGUCUAG